UUAUCUCAAUUCCGACUAGGGGAAUACUUUAUUCAAGUGCAUCCCGAAUAGACGCCAUGAGAAAGUCGCCUCAAACGUUUACCUGUAGACCCACGAGGGCGUCGUUGCUGCUGGCAACACUACUGGUGCUCGCUAGCUGCUUCAGUUUGAGCCGUGGUGCCGCUACGACGCCGCCAGCACAGCUCUUGCAGGACGAAGUGACGAUGGAAUUCCAAAUCACUACCAUGUGGGACAGUGUUCCGGUGCAGCACAACCCUGCGUCGCUAACGCUGACCGGGAAAGAAGAUCACUUGGAGCUCAAAGUUGAAGCUCCUUUUUUCAACGACGUCGCUCCACCUUGUGCAGAACCUGGUCCUUGUUUCGGUCUUUGGGACUAUGAAGUUGUGGAAGCCUUCUUUCUGGCACCGGAUAACAAAUAUAUCGAGAUCGAGGUCGGCCCAUUGGGACAUCAUCUGAUACUUCUGCUGAACGGAGAGAGAAACGCUAUCGCGCAAGAGUUGCCAAUGGAGUACAGCGUCACGUCGCAGGAAAUCGGAGGCACUUGGACUGCGACUGCGAAAAUCCCCCUGGGCUAUUUUCCUCCCAAGGUAGAUGGGUGGAAUGCUUACGCCAUUCACAACAAUGCCUCGAACCCGCUGGGAAGGGACUACCAGAGCCUGUUUCCUGUGCCUACUGGUGAACUGCCUGCUCCAGACUUCUUGCACGUCGUCAUCAUCAUCAAAGCCCCGGUCGGAGUUUCUGAUUGUCCCAAGCAAUUGGAACCUUGUGAAUCGCGACCUGCUGAACUUGUUUCUUGA